AUGUCGCUGAGAUCGAAGACGGUGUGCGAGAUAUGCGGCGAAUCGUUUCUGACAGAAAACAAACUCUCCAACCAUAUAACGGAACGACACGUCCACUCCUCCACGAGCCCAUCGCCAAGCGUCGGUUCGUCGUCCAAACGUCGGAAACUGGACGCCGACUCAGACGUCAGGUGUCCGCUCUGCGAUUACGUUGACCUGGACACCGACCGUCUGCAGCAACACGUCAAUCGCAUGCACUUUGACCCUGGCAGUCCCCGGCGACCGGGAACAGUAGACUUCCCUUGCCCGAUAUGCCCACUGGCGUUUGACCACUGUGAUAAUCUCGAAACUCACAUAAACGAAGAACACCACGAUAUCGUUAGCCCUCAAACGGACUCUGAUAGUCAGAGGAUACCGUUGUUGGAAAAUAUCAACGAAGGUUGUGUGAUUUGCGGAAUGAAAAAUUUUGAUAGCUUAAGAGAUUUGGAUGCACACAUUGAGCAACAUUACCGAGGUUCAACACCACCUACUCAAGAUCAUUUAACCAAUCAUGAUCAGCUUUUGGCCAAACAAUUGGAAAAACAAGAACGUGAGCGUAUGAAACAUAAAGAACAGGAAGAUUUUCAAAAGUUACAAGCUGCUUAUGGAAUGGAUAACAAAGGCAAUUAUAAUCAACAAACUAUGACUAACCUACAAGAAGCUGUAUCCAGUGGUGAACUAACUGUUUAUGAUUACUAUGAAAAAAUAUAUGAAAUAAAAAUUGCUGAAAGUAAAGGACUUGAUACUGGCGAAUCAUCUACUAGAGACCUGAUUGAGUAUAUUCGUCACUUCAGUGCAUCAUCACCAAACGUCGUAGAAUUACAUUUGGCUUCUCCGACCGACCAUUAUAGAUCGACUUAUGGUGACAAAGGUUGGGGAUGUGGAUACAGGAAUAUGCAAAUGUUGAUGUCCAGUAUGCUUUUACAAAUGGAUUACAAUGAACAUAUAUCGAGAGUAUGGGAAGUUGAGAAAGGACCUCUGCCACGUGCUUGGAUGCCAUCCAUAUCAAGAUUACAGCAACAUUUAGAGAAAUCCUGGAGCAUGGGUAUUGACGAACCUGGUAGAGAACAACUAGGUGGUACAGUGUAUAACACAAAGAAAUGGAUUGGAGCCACUGAAGUUGUUACUAUGCUAACGGCUUUGAAAAUUAAAACAUUAUUAAUAGACUUUCGAAAACCAACUGGUUCGAAAAAUACUCAUCCAGAAAUGUUUCACUGGUUGUAUGAACAUUUUAGCAAUAGAAAAAAACAAUUUAUUCCUCCAGUUUAUAUACAACAUGAAGGUCAUAGUCGAACUGUAGUCGGUGUUGAAAAACUAUCUGAUGGAACAAUUUUGCUUUUAGUAUUAGAUCCAAGUGGUCAUUAUGAUAAAUUAAGAACAGAAGCUGGGAUGUCAACUAUGUCACAUAUAAGAAAAUCUAUGUACACAUUCAAGGCAAAAGAGUAUCAACUAGUCACAGUCAGUGGCAUAAUCACAAGUGAUUCAGAAUUUGAAAGUGGCAAAACAAUUAAAUCUACCCGUGGUUCAUAA